GCAUCUUAAUUCCUUUUACCUCUCAUUGUUUCCUUAAUCUAGAGUAAAAAACGCCUAAAGGUUAUUAUUAUAUUUUUUUCUUUAAUAAAAAAAAUCGUAACAUGGACGCAGAAUGGUUUUGGCGUCAUUCAAAAUAUUACGUUCAGCUCCUUAUCUUUUUUCUCGCCCUAAGUUUUGAAUUCGCUGAGAGCUUUGACUACAAAAACAACCAAAUGGCCCCCAUCAUACUAGUUCCAGGGGUUGCCGGUACCAAAAUCGAAGCAAAAUAUCACACGACUGGACACCCUAGGGGAUGCGAUGAGGAUUCGGACUGGGAAUUAAUAUGGAUCAACCUCAAAGCAGCGGCCGGUGGCUUACCCCUUAGAUGUUGGGUUUACAGGUACCGAUUGUUCUACGAUAGAGCUGCGCACCGAUGUCGUAACCAAGCCGGUGUUGAGACACGCGUUAUGGGGAGAUUCGGGAGUCUGAAGCCAGUCGACUACUUGACGAAAGACCCUUUCUCCCGAAUCGGCACGAACUAUUUUAACGACAUGUCUGACGCGUUAAAGGACAGUGGUUACUCAACGGACAUAAAUUUGAAGGCGGCCGGCUACGAUGGACGCUAUGCACCCUUACAACAGAAGGAGUUCGGGUAUUUCGACAGGUUUACGGAGCUUGUUGAGAAAGUUGCAACCGACUCGAAACGGAAAGUGUCGAUUGUUUCGCACAGUAUGGGAGGUUUGGUGGCCGCAUAUUUCCUCGGGUUGAAAUCUCAAGAAUGGAAAGACAAAUACAUACACAACUUCGUCGCCGUAUCCACGCCAUGGCUGGGAAGUGUUUUUGCUCUCGAGAGCUAUAUCCUAGGAACAAAUUACGGGGUUCCAACAUUUAAAAAGUCACUGAUGAAAGAGCUCGUGAGGACAUUCCAAUCAGUGGCGUUUCUCUUGCCGGCAGAAGAGGCUUUUGGUGAGACAGUUCUAGUCGAUUGGACUCUCAAAAACAAGAAAUACACUGCCAAGGACUACAAGGAAUUAUUCACGGACCUUCAAUAUGAGGAUGGAUAUUUAAUGAGAGAGGAUGUUCGCUCCUUCUUCCCUGUUGAUAUCGAUAAGCUAGGAGUUAAGGUGGUUUGCAUCUACUCGAAUCUCAACAAAAUUGAGACCCUCCAGAGGUAUGAAAUCGCAGAUGACAUAUUGAAUCCUAAAUCGGUUAAGUCACAUUUUGUCGAGGGCGAUGGAACGGUGACGCUGAAUAGUUUGCAACAUUGCGACAAAUUCAAGAAUGUAACAGUAAAAGUUUUCCAGGGGUACGACCACCUGAAAAUCAUAUUUAAGGAUGACGUGAUUGACUUUAUCCAAUCUGUCACAGUAAAUGCACAAUCGCUGUAAAUGUUUUGUCCGUGUAUGAGACCAACUCAUAGUUAUUUUGGAGUCUUAGUUUUCAUAACAGACCAGUAAGAACAAUUGACUGAAAGCAAAAUAGUGCAUCGUUAACGGUAAAAAAAAUAAGGUUAUUUCAAUACUGGCAUAUUAGUCGUCAUCAGCAAGGUCUACAUACCCUCCAAGCAUACUUUAAUCUCUCCUUUUCAUAGUUUGCAUAAUUUAAGAGCAAACUCAAGUGUUAUUGCAGUAGUUGUACAUUAUUUUCACUACUUAGUAGGUAAAUUUCUUCGUUAAUUUACUACGAGGGUCAUCCAAAAAGUAAGAUUCCCUACCCUGUAUCUUCCGAACGAAAAGAGAUAAAUCAAAU